AUGGGGAAGUUUAAGGCGCACACCAAGGGAAUAGGUUUGAAGCUGAUGAAGAAGAUAGGAUUCAAGGAAGGGUCUGGAUUGGGGGAAAAUGAACAAGGCAUAGUUGCCCGGGUAGAAGCUAAGCUCCAUCCAAAGAACAUGGGCAUAGGAUUCAACGGCUACAAGGAGGCUAAAUUGCCUGUUUUGGAUGAAGCGCCAAAGGAAAAGAUGGCUACUCAAGUGGUAACAGGACCUUCAAAGGAGAAGAGGUGGUUAAAGCAAAAGCGAGGAAGAGCCGAAGCUGAGAUUUUGACGAUGGAUGAGCCGCUAGCUAAAAAGCAGGAACAGGAUAUUAACGCUGUUCAGAAGGUUCUUGAUAUGAUGGGACCACAAGUUGAGGUCUUGAUGAGUCUAGAUAAUUUGAACAUGGAGACUGAGAUGAAAGAGAAUGAUGUUCCCACACCCGAGCUGCUCCAGUACAAUGUUAGACAAAUCGUGGAAUCUACUGAGCUUGACAUACAAAAGUCGGACCAAUGGCACAGAAAGCAACUUCAUGUUAUGGAGUCAAUUGCAUUAGUCGUAGAAAAGAUAAAAGCGGACAGUUUAUUCAAGGGUUUGACGCUUGAUUCAUUGCUAACCACUUUCAAAGAUCUAAAAGAGAUCUUUGAAAGAUUUAAAAAAAAAAUCGAUUUGAAAGAAAUAAAAGAAUGUCCACCCAAAUCUCUGAACGCAGCUAACAUUGCUAAUGAUGCAAUUAGCCUUGUAUUUGGCAAGGAAUCUCGAGGAAGAGUGCAAGAAAUGGGAUUUAGAGUUACACCAUCAAAAAAUUUGAGUCAUGGAGAUAUCAUUGAUAGUACUAAAUGUAAGCUGCUUCAUUGGAGUGUUCAUGGAGUUAUUGCAGAAGGUCGAAUUGCAUCCACAGAUCCAAAAGUAAAAGUGCAUCACGUUCCUGUUAAUGGAACUUGUUGGAAAGUUUGGAUUGAUAGAGUGGACCUAAUUCGACCAAAUGAUGAAAUGAUUUUUCUCAAAGAUGCAAUAGGAAGCACAAUUACUUAG